CAUGUGUGCCUAUAUACUGCCAGGAGCGCAGGCACUCGCUCUCUUAGUCGAUCUACAAGGGGAAAGAGCAGAGCUGGUGAGGAGGGCAGCCACUGGCCUUUGUGCUUUGAACUCAGUAAAGUCUUGAACAUCUGACAACUCAAGAUGUCUAAAGGACCAGCAGUGGGUAUUGAUCUGGGCACCACAUACUCCUGUGUGGGCAUCUUCCAGCAUGGCAAAGUGGAGAUUAUCGCCAACGACCAAGGUAAUAGGACCACCCCGAGCUAUGUGGCCUUCACAGACACAGAGAGGCUGAUCGGGGAUGCAGCCAAGAAUCAAGUCGCCAUGAAUCCUGCCAACACUGUGUUUGAUGCCAAACGCCUCAUUGGUCGUAAGUUUGACGAUGCUGUGGUGCAGUCAGACAUGAAGCACUGGCCCUUUAAAGUUAUAAAUGAUUCAUCUAAACCCAAGGUGGAGGUUGAAUACAAAGGUGAGAUCAAGACAUUCUUCGCUGAAGAAAUUUCCUCAAUGGUGCUAACUAAAAUGAAGGAGAUCUCUGAGGCCUAUCUUGGAAAGCCUGUGAACAAUGCAGUUGUAACUGUCCCUGCCUACUUCAAUGACUCCCAGCGCCAGGCGACCAAAGACGCUGGAGCUAUUGCUGGGCUUAAUGUGCUGCGUAUCAUCAAUGAACCAACAGCAGCAGCCAUUGCCUAUGGCUUGGACAAAAAGGUUGGGAGUGAGAGGAAUGUCCUCAUUUUUGACCUUGGAGGUGGCACUUUUGAUGUAUCCAUCUUGACCAUUGAAGAUGGUAUUUUUGAAGUCAAAUCCACAGCUGGAGACACUCACUUGGGAGGAGAGGACUUUGACAACCGCAUGGUAAAUCAUUUUAUUGCUGAGUUCAAAAGGAAGUUUAAAAAAGAAAUCACCAACAACAAAAGAGCAGUGCGUCGUCUGCGGACGGCCUGUGAGCGGGCCAAGCGCACCCUCUCCAGCAGCACCCAGGCCAGUAUUGAAAUCGACUCUCUGUACGAAGGAGUGGACUUCUACACCUCCAUUACUAGAGCCCGCUUUGAAGAGCUAAAUGCUGACCUGUUCCGUGGCACGUUGGAGCCUGUGGAGAAGGCCUUGAGGGAUGCCAAAAUGGACAAGGCACAAAUCCAUGACAUUGUCCUGGUUGGAGGCUCCACACGUAUUCCCAAAAUCCAAAAGUUGCUUCAAGACUUCUUCAAUGGGAGAGACCUGAAUAAGAGCAUCAACCCAGAUGAGGCUGUGGCCUAUGGUGCAGCUGUGCAAGCGGCCAUCUUGGCAGGAGAUAAGUCUGAGAACGUACAGGACCUUCUCCUGCUGGACGUCACGCCUCUGUCCUUGGGAAUUGAAACGGCUGGAGGAGUCAUGACUGUUCUUAUCAAGAGGAACACUACUAUUCCCACCAAACAAACACAAACUUUCACCACCUACUCUGACAACCAGCCCGGAGUGCUCAUUCAGGUGUAUGAAGGUGAGCGGGCCAUGACUAAAGACAACAACAUCCUGGGAAAGUUUGAGCUCACUGGUAUCCCACCUGCUCCAAGAGGUGUCCCCCAGAUUGAAGUCACCUUUGACAUUGAUGCCAAUGGUAUUCUUAACGUGUCAGCCGUGGACAAAAGCACUGGAAAAGAAAACAAGAUUACCAUCACCAACGAUAAAGGCCGUCUGAGCAAGGAGGAUAUUGAGCGCAUGGUGCAGGAAGCAGAGCAGUUUAAGGCCGAAGAUGACGUGCAAAGAGAAAAAGUCACGGCCAAGAAUGCCCUGGAGUCUCUGGCUUUCAACAUGAAGAGCACCGUGGAGGACGAGAAGCUGCAGGACAAGAUCAGUCCAGAGGAUAAGAAGACCAUUGUGGACAAGUGCAACGAGAUCAUUGCAUGGCUGGACAAGAACCAGACGGCUGAAAAGGAAGAGUAUGAGCACCAGCAGAAGGAGCUGGAGAAGGUGUGCAACCCGAUCAUAACUAAUCUGUACCAGGGAGCAGGGAUGCCCGGGGGAAUGCCUGGGGGAAUGCCUGGAGGGAUGCCUGGUGGUUUCCCUGGUGGAGCUGGAGCAGCCGGCUCUUCCUCUGGCCCGACUAUUGAAGAGGUUGACUAAACUACAAAUCCCAGCUUACAUUAAUGUGCAUGUUUACCAUCUCAUGUUCAAUAAGCACACUUUUCCUCUCAGCUUCAAAAAUAAAUGAAUAAUAAAACUCACUGUUGGGAAUAUAAA